GGGUCCUCGGCGCCUGCGCCUGCUGCUAUAAAGGCUGACGCCGCGCCGCGCCGCCGGAGUGGCCUUGUUCUCCUUUCUGUUGUUUGCUAACCCUGCUCCGCUCUCGUCAGCGUCCGGGCAGCCGUCUCCCUGAGACCGGGCACCAUGCCUUCAAUUAAGUUGCAGAGUUCUGAUGGAGAGAUAUUUGAAGUUGAUGUGGAAAUUGCCAAACAAUCUGUGACUAUCAAGACCAUGUUGGAAGAUUUGGGAAUGGAUGAUGAAGGAGAUGAUGACCCAGUUCCUCUACCAAAUGUUAAUGCAGCAAUAUUAAAAAAGGUCAUUCAGUGGUGUACCCACCACAAGGAUGACCCUCCUCCUCCUGAAGAUGAUGAGAACAAAGAGAAGCGAACAGACGACAUUCCUGUUUGGGACCAAGAAUUUCUGAAGGUUGACCAAGGAACACUUUUUGAGCUUAUCCUGGCUGCAAACUACUUGGACAUCAAAGGUUUGCUUGAUGUUACAUGCAAGACUGUUGCCAAUAUGAUCAAGGGAAAAACUCCUGAGGAGAUUCGCAAGACUUUCAAUAUCAAAAAUGACUUUACUGAAGAGGAGGAAGCCCAGGUACGCAAAGAGAACCAGUGGUGUGAAGAGAAGUGAAAAGUUGUGCCUGACACUGUAACACUAAGAAUUGUUCCAUAUACUAGUUGCACUGCUCUGUUUAUAAUUGUUAAUAUUAGACAAACAGUAGACGAAUGCAGCAGCACAUCAGUUGUAUUAGCGGAAUAUUGUCCUUAUUGCAUGUGUAGUUUGAGUACAGAUUACAAACCUAUGGCUGAGUUUCUUCCAGUACGAUCGAAAGUUUCUUUUUUCUUUGCUCUGAAUAAAACUGAACUGUGGGUUCUCUAUCAAAAGUGGCAUUUUGGGCUUUUCCUCUUCUCGUAAAGCCAUUUCUGCCUAGUUGAUUGUCCAUUUAACUUUGGUGACCUUUUAAAAGUUGUCAUUGUAAAUAAAGCAACUUGGAAAAGUUUUCUGAAAUAGACUUAACAAAAAAUUAUCUUUAUUCAUGAGUUGGAAACUGGAAAAGGGCUACUUGAAUGUUCUGAGUGAACUUAUUAGGAUGUCUUCCAACCGCCUAGAGUUAAGUACAGUACCACUGGUCGUGAUUAGCCCGUAUGUAGUAGGGCUCCCUCAUUUGGAUCUGAGGAGUUGUUUUUUGUUUUUAUCCUGUCAGCUUUGACUGUAUUGCCUACAGACUUAGCUACUGCCUAGUUUGUGGUUGGUUGAGGGUUUUUUCUUUUUUUGAAAAACUGUAACUAGACAGGUUGUUGGCAUUUCAAUUAAAGACAUUUAACCCA